UCUAUAAAUGAAACUCUUCUUUCUCACUUUUGUACCUUACUUCAGAUCUAAUCUCUCUUUCUUCACAUUAAAUCUCACCGCCGAUUAAGGAUGAUGGCCAGAAGAGCUGUUGUUUCUGCAAUUGAUCUCAUUCAUCGAAGAGGAUUUCUCAAUCCAUGGUCGCAGCAUCAAUCGGGUAUUCUCUCUCCUCUGUUCUCUCUCUUCUCUUCCGAGGCUUUUCAACCUAAGCGGUCUAGAAUCGAUUUCAGUUGUGUUAAAGAAGUAGACGAUGUUAUUCAAUUGUUUCAAAAAAUAAAGAGUAUGCGGCAAGAGCCUUCUGUUCGCAUGUAUAACAAUCUUUUGAGUGUUACUGCAAAGAUUGAGCAGUAUGGUUUUGCCCUUUAUGUGUUCGAUGAAAUGCUUAGGAUGGGUGUCCCAGUUAAUAAUUACACAAGGAAUAUUGCUGUCAACUGUUGUUGUCUCUUGAAAGAUAUAUACUCAGCUUUUUCUAUAAUGGGAUUCUUUCUCAAGAGAGGUUACGAACCAAAUGUAGUGACUCUCAGCACUCUCAUAAAAGGGUUAUUCUUAGUUAAUAAGGAGGUUGAAGCCGUGAAACUGUUCGAAAAGAUUUUGGAUUUAAAACUUUGCGAGCCAGAUGGUAUUAUGAUUCUGCAUGUGACUGAUGGGCUAUGCAAAGCUGGACAGGUCGUUGAAGCCCAUGAUUGGCUUCAUAGAUUAGAAAGUAGUGGAUGGAGUCCCGAUGUAUACGCUUACAAUGCACUAAUUGAUGGAUUUUGCAAGAGUGGAAUGGUGGACAAUGCCUUCAAGGUUCUAUCCAAAAUGGUUGGGAAUGGUAUUUUACCUGACGUUGUCACUUAUAGUUCCAUUAUUAAUGCAUACUGUAAGGAAGAAAAGAUGGAAGAGGCUGAGAAUAUGUUGGAAAUUAUGAUGCAACAACAUAUUUGUCCUAAUGUCUUCACUUAUUCUUCGCUUAUUAAAGGGCUGUGCCUGAAGGGUGAAAUCGAAAGAGCGAAACAGUUACUUGAUUCCAUGGUAGAGAGAGGCCUUAAACCCAAUAUUAUUAACUAUAGCACCUUGCUAAAUGGAUAUUCCAAGAAAGGAAGCUUGGUUGAAGCAUGGCUUAUUUUUCUUGAAAUUCGCGAUAAAGGUCUCAAGCAUAAUGUGCAAACUUAUAGUACAUUAUUGGAUGGGUUGUUGAAGCGUGGGAUGGUUGAUGAAGCUCUGCUUCUGCUGUCCGAGAUGGUGGAGAAGGGUAUCUCGCCUAAUGUUGUCACAUGCAGCAUAUUGAUAGAUGGAUAUUGCUCGCUUGGCGAGAUGGUUAGAGCUAGACAGCUCUUCGAUUCAAUGCCAAAGAGGGGAAUCAAGCACAAUAUAUUCACCUAUUGUAUCUUGAUUAAGGGAUACUGCAAGGCGGGAAACCUUGAUGAAGGGUGGCGUUUCUUCGAUGAAAUCUCGCGUGUAGGUCUCAAACACUCGACCGUGUCAUACACCACGAUGAUGCAUGGGCUAAUAUGCCUAAGUAGUUUUUCAGAUGGGUGGAAGCUUUUCCAAGAUAUGGAAGCUCAGAAUCUACAUCCGAAUCUCUACACCUACACCAUCUUAUUGGACGGCUUGUGUAGGAUCCGUCGGAUUAAUGAGGCGUUGACAUUUUUUAGGUUGAUGGAGGCGAAAGGCAUGAAUCCUGAUAUCGUAACGUACGGUGCUCUGAUCAACGGCUUGUGCAAAGGCCGAAGACUUGAUGAAGCUAUAAGGCUCUUCAACCAUCUCCCUUCCAAGGGUUUAAAUCCGAACGUACAAAUCUACAACAUGAUGCUCGACUCCCUCUACCAUGAAGGGCGCGAAGGGGAGGCUAGGAGGUUGAUGGAGGAGAUGGACAGGAGCGGCUGCGCGCCUGAUGGCGUGACGUUCAACAUUAUUGUGUGGAAUCUGGUGAAGAGCAAAAGGGUGCAUGAGGCGAUUCCUUUCUUAGAGGAGAUGUGCAGGAGAGGAUUCGUGGUUAAUUCCGAGAUCAUUUAUGCUUUGCGUGAUGAACUAAGAAUUAGAGAAGGGAAGCUGAGACUGCGAAGAAGCCUUUGUGUAAGGGCUACAUUGGUGUCCCACGGAAACUCAGCCGGGAGCACAGGGACGUCAAGCUGGCUCAGAUAUGCGGCACCAUCGCCUCAGGCUCAGAUGAGAAGCGCCACGAAACUUCUCGGUCAAGCAUAUGAGGAUGUGGAUAUUCGAGUGUAAAGGGCGAAGCCACGAUGCGUUCGUGUUAGGCGUGGCUGCGGUCGUGCUUCUUAGCGCGGGUCAUAUUCUUGUGAAUUUGCUAGGGUUGUUGGGCGCCACCGGGCGAGAUGAGUCGCAGAAACCUUCACCGCCGAGCAAGAAGUUCUCCAAGGCGUUCUUUCUUUUGAUAUGGAUCUUCUAUGUGGUUGGUGUGACAAUGUUGGUGAUUGGGACAAGAUCAAAUGAAAAGAAAGGAAUAUCAUGUGGCUUCACAUACCACAACUUUCUACCCAAAGGAGGCAUUCUCUGCGUGGUUCAUGCCAUCUUAUCUCUUGCAUAUUAUGUUACUUCUUCUGCUCCCCUCUACACGUCCACUUAAACUGGUUUUGACUAUUGCGAAUACGACAAAUUCUUCUGUAUGAUCGUCUGCACGGUGUGGACAAUCGUAUAAGAGACCUCCUCAUCGUGAAUUUGGAUUUUUCCUUGUUAAGAAAAAAUUAAUUGUAUACUACUAAAUAGGAGUUUCAUAGUUGUAUGUUUUUCAGUUCUCUUAAGUCCUUUUGAUCGCUGUAGUAACAUAAUUUUCAAUUAAUACGAAGUCAAGUGGAAUAUGUAAAAGUAGAAUGUUUGAAUUAAUUGAAUUGUCAUCCAAUUGAA